CCAAAAGUUCACGACCCAGGAAAAGGAGUGAAGUUUGAUCGAUGUGGUGUGGAGUGCCGCAGUGCAGUGUGAACUUUCCGUCAAACUUUCAAGACUCUAACUACUGACUGGAUUACUUUAUGAUUUACGUUGAUACACAAAAUACACUUUACAACCACAAGUUUAGCAAGAUUUUCAGCGAGUGCAACGUGGAAAGUGAAUUGAGAAGUAACUACCAGUACAUGUAGUUGAAGAAAAUGGGAAAAAGAACGGUGGUGAAUGCCUGCGUAACAGACAUUGAGAAAAGGAGGGAACCUACAAAACAUUAUGUAUAUAUCAUUCAUGUGACUUGGUCGGAUGGAUCUGUCAAUGUUGUCUACCGGAGAUACAGCUCUUUCUUUGACUUCCAGAACAAACUUCUGUCUAAAUUUCCAGAGGAAGCCGGCGCUAACAACCCAUCUUCAAGAUGUAUCCCAUUCCUGCCAGGUAAGAAGCUGUUUGGAAGAAGUCAUGUAAGAGAAGUUGCUCUGAAAAGACUUGCUCCAAUAGAUGAAUACUGUCAGGCGUUAGUUAAGCUACCAGGAAAGAUAUCUGACAGUAAGGAAGUGAUCGAUUUCUUCACGCCUACGCCGGAGGAUGUAAGUCCUCCUUCGCCAGAUGGAGGGGAGUCAACAAGAGGAAAAGAUAUUGGAAGCAUUUCAGAGCCCAUUCAGGCCGAGCAGUACAUAGUGGUUGCUGACUACAAGAAACAGCAGAAGAACGAAGUAGAACUAACAGCUGGAGAUCUGGUGGAGGUCUUCGAGAAGAAUGAUAACGGUUGGUGGUUUGUGACUGUUCAAGAUCAGCACGGCUGGGCUCCAGGGACAUUCCUUCAGAAACCUGAUGGGCAGGAAGAAGAGGAAGAAGAAGAGACACUCAUACCAGGAAAUGAUGAGAGCUACAUCACAAACAAUGCAUACCAGGGACAGGCUGAAGACGAGAUAUCGUUUGAGACGGGAGUGGUUGUUAACAUCAUCCAGAAGAGUUUAGAUGGGUGGUGGAAAGUCAGUUACCAAGGCAAGCAAGGCUGGGCACCCGCAACCUACCUACAGAUCUACAAAGGACCUGCUGGGGUCACUCCCAGGCCUCCCACGCAGAGCAUUGGUAAUGUCAUGCUACUCAAGGGUGGAAGUGACAGUAGGCCCAAACCAAGUCCUGGUCCUGGACGACCUCAGCUCCCUCCCGUGCAGCCCAGAGAUGAACCCGGACAACUCUAUUCUAAUUUUGACCCAGAAGACAAGCCUACACCCCCGAGGAGAGCUACAGUCAAGCUUACGGACAAAACUAACCCGAGUCAUGUGCAGGUAGAUGUAUAUUACUCAUAUUAACAUGCGUGAAGUGAUGUGAUCCAUUGUGUUUGUGAAAGUCAUCCCUUAUGCCA